AUGGCAGAAGACACGCUACAUGCUCUUUGGGGCUGCUCAAGUUUGAAUGUAGUUUGGAAUGAUGACAGGUGGAGCUUUCGAUCAAGGGAGGUCUUCACUGAUUUCAAGCACCUAUGCGGAUGGUUAAUGGAGAAUGGGAAGCCCCUUGAGCUCUUUGCUAUCCAAGAGCGCUGGGAUGAGAUCAGAUCAGUCAAUCCUCUGCCAAACCCGAUCAAACCAGAGCCCAAGCCAAAAUGGACAGCCCCACCACGGAAUAAAUAUAAGGUCAAUUAUGAUGCAGCAAUCUCAAAUGCAGAAAACAAAGCAGGGAUUGGAGUGGUUGUUCGUGACUACAAUGGCGAGGUAAUGGCAUCCUUAAUUCAGCAAUUGGAGCAAGCAUACCAGCCUGUGGAAGUGGAAGCAAUUGCCGCGUGCAGAGCAGUGGAGUUUGGCAGCGAGAUCGGAGUGGACUGUGCUAUUGUGGAGGGUGAUUCAGAAGUGAUAGUGAAGGCUUUGAGGAACAAUGACAAUGGAUUAACUCCUUUUGCACCACUGAUAAAUGAUGUCUCUUUAUUUUCGAGUUUGUUUUCAGAGUUGUCAUACUCUCACAUUAGGAGAGAUGGCAAUAAAGUUGCUCAUAGUUUAGCUAAACUAGCUUUGAUGACACCAGUUUGUACCGUGAGGAUGGAGGAUGUCCCAUCUCGCACCUUACCCUUUGUUCAGGCUGAUUUGACCGUGUUUUGA